AUGAAGGAGCCGGAUGCCAUCAAGCUGUUUGUGGGGCAGAUCCCGAGGCAUCUGGAGGAAAAGGACCUGAAGCCCAUCUUCGAACAGUUUGGUCGGAUCUUCGAGCUGACUGUCAUCAAGGACAAGUACACCGGGCUGCACAAGGGAUGUGCCUUCCUGACAUACUGUGCCCGGGAUUCAGCCCUGAAGGCCCAGAGCGCCCUGCACGAACAGAAGACGCUUCCAGGGAUGAACAGGCCGAUCCAGGUCAAGCCAGCCGACAGCGAGAGCCGAGGAGAAGACCGGAAGCUCUUUGUGGGGAUGCUAGGGAAGCAGCAGACAGAUGAGGACGUCCGGAAGAUGUUCGAGCCUUUUGGGACCAUAGAUGAGUGCACUGUGCUCCGGGGGCCAGAUGGGACCAGCAAAGGCUGCGCCUUCGUGAAGUUCCAGACCCACGCCGAGGCCCAGGCGGCCAUCAAUACCCUUCACAGCAGCCGGACCCUGCCGGGUGCCUCGUCCAGCCUGGUGGUGAAGUUUGCUGACACAGAGAAGGAGCGAGGUCUCCGCCGAAUGCAGCAGGUGGCCACCCAGCUGGGCAUGUUCAGCCCUAUUGCCCUCCAGUUUGGAGCCUACAGCGCCUACACCCAGGCCCUGAUGCAGCAGCAGGCGGCCCUGGUAGCGGCUCACAGUGCCUACCUCAGCCCCAUGGCCACCAUGGCUGCCGUGCAGAUGCAGCACAUGGCCGCCAUCAACGCCAAUGGCCUCAUUGCCACCCCCAUCACCCCAUCCUCAGGAACCAGCACCCCUCCUGCCAUCGCUGCCACGCCUGUCUCUGCAAUCCCUGCUGCCCUGGGUGUCAACGGCUACAGCCCGGUGCCCACCCAGCCCACUGGGCAGCCUGCCCCUGAUGCUCUGUAUCCCAACGGGGUUCACCCCUACCCAGCCCAGAGCCCCGCGGCCCCCGUGGACCCCCUGCAGCAGGCCUACGCAGGAAUGCAGCACUAUACAGCAGCCUACCCGGCAGCCUACAGCCUGGUUGCACCUGCGUUCCCGCAGCCUCCUGCCCUGGUCGCCCAGCAGCCCCCACCUCCCCCACAGCAGCAGCAGCAGCAGCAGCAACAGCAGCAGCAGCAGCAGCAGCAGCGGGAAGGCCCUGACGGCUGCAACAUCUUCAUCUACCACCUGCCCCAGGAGUUCACUGACUCAGAGAUCCUCCAGAUGUUUGUCCCCUUUGGCCACGUCAUCUCAGCUAAAGUCUUUGUUGACCGGGCCACCAAUCAGAGCAAGUGUUUUGGCUUUGUGAGUUUCGACAAUCCAGCCAGUGCCCAGGCUGCCAUCCAGGCCAUGAACGGUUUCCAGAUUGGCAUGAAGCGCCUCAAAGUCCAGCUAAAGCGGCCUAAGGAUGCCAACCGGCCCUACUGA